AUGGAAGAGGGGGAAGCAAACAGGAGCGGCACACAAGGCUCCACCGCAUGUACGUACGGCGAGAGCGGUACGUCGUGCCUGCACCCCUCACGGAGGGUACGCACACGCACAAGAGGAGGUGCAGCGCACACAGCAACACAAAAGCAAAGUAGCAAUAAAAAAAGGAGAUCCACGCACACCACGUGGAUUGUUGGUCUACGGGAAGUGCAGCCAAUAUUCAUCACAAAGCAGCUUGUCAUUUUGCUGUUGUUGGAUACUGUUAUAAUGAAAGGUGAGUUGCGCAAAAACCGUCCGUACAAAAGUGGCAAGUAUUCCGUCGCAAACGGGCCGUCGUGCGGGCUGGGGCAGUCAAAAUUCCCAAUGAGGGCAUUCCCGCAGUGGAUGAAGCGGAGUCUCCUGUGGUCCGUCGGGGAUCAGCAGCCCGUGGCGUCUCUGAUGAGGCGGUGGCGGAAGCCCCUGGUCCAUCUCGAGUACCCGCGUUUGUGCUUCCUGCGUCUCUUGCCUGCUGGCAUGAUUGGCAACUUCGGUGGCGACCUGCGCGCAAGGCGCCUGUUAGGAAGACGGUGGCGCCAUUGUGGCAUCCGCAUGUGA